AGUCAAUUUUUUGACGUUUUGCCAUCACAUAACCUCAAACAAAAAAAAAAGUUAAAAUUGCAUACGACGAAUACCGAACGAGAGAACUCUGUUAAAACCCGAUUUUUUCCGUAAAUUCUCGUGUGUUGUGUCUACGAAAUUUGUCUAUCUACUGACUGCGUGUACACUCAAUACAAAAAAAAAAAAAACAACCAAAAUAAAAGAAAAUCUCACAAUCUAACUAGAUUCCUUUAUAAAUUCUAUCCAAGUCCACACAGUAUCCAAAGUUAAUUCGAUUCAAUUGUGAAUUCCCAAAGUCCGAAUAGUCGUCUAAACGUGUUGAAGAAACAACGUGAAAAAUGGUCAAAACUAAAAAGGGCAAGAAAGAGGUAGUCUCCGGAGACGACGAGAUGGUCAACAACGAGACGACUGCAAUUGACGAUCAAGAUGAUGCUGGCAGCAGCGACAAUGACACUGUCACUGCUAAGAACAAGAAGAACAAAAAGAAGGAUAACAACAAGAAGAAAGCUGGAAAGCCAGCCAAGUCGGCAGCAAGUGACGACGAAAGUGUCGACGAUGAUGAUGAUGAUGAGGUUUCUGCCAUCACCCAGUCUGUAAAGAAACUUCAAGUUGGUAAGAAAGGCAAAGCUAAGAAUGUCCCUGCUCCUGAUUCGGAUGAUGAUGGAUCGGAGGAUGAAAAACCAACUAAGCAAAAGAAGAAGAACAAUAAGAAAGCUAAGAAAAGUUCUGCUUUCGAUUUGCUAAUGGCCGAAGACGAUGACGAACCUUGUAAGCCUGCAACUGAAUCUGAAGAUGAGCCAGAACCAGUUGAAGUUGUUGAAGUGAAACCUAAGAAAAAUGAAAAGAAGAAGGGAAAGAAAUCGAAGCGGAAGGACGACGACGAUGAUGAAGAUCUGGACAAAGUCCUUGCUGAGUUGCAAAAGGAGUAUGCUGGAGAAAAACCAGCUGAACCUGUUGUUGCUACUGCCGAUGAUAUUGCCGAUGAGGAUUCCAAGAAAAAGAACAAGAAAGGUGCCAAAGCUCAGGCUCCCGCUGAAAACGCCGAUGGAGAUGACGAUGAUGAAAGUACUGUAAAAACUGCGGCUCAAAAGAAAAAGGAAAAGAAAGAACGUCAAAAGAAAGAAGCGGCUUUGGCAAAGCUGAAAGAAAAAGAAGGCAAAUCUAAGCCAGCUGCAGCAGUUGAUCCUGAGCCAGCCGAAGUAAAAGAAACCCCUGUAGAACCAGAACCAGCAGCUGACCCGGAGAAAGAAGAAUCACCAGCGGCUGAAGAUGAUGGCGAAAAAACCUCCAAGGAUGAUAAAAAGAAGAAGGGUAAGAAGGACAAAAAAGAGAAAAAGGUCGAAGAAGAGAAAAAGGAUGAUAAAAAGAGCAAAAGUGGAAUGAGUAAGUCCGUAGUUGCCGCAAUGCAGGAACGACUCAAGAAGAUUAAGGAAGAAGAAGAACGAUUGGCCAAAGAGGAAGAAGAAAGAAUUCGUUUGGAAGAAGAACGAGAAAACCAACGCUUGGAGGCCAUCCGUCUAGAGCAAGAAAAGAAAGAGAAGAAAAAACAAAAGGAAGCCGAAAGAAAGGCUCGCUUGAAGGCCGAAGGUAAACUGCUGACCAAAAAGCAGAAGGAAGACCGAGCCAGGGCUCAGGCUAUGUUAGAUGCGUUGAAAGCGCAAGGAUUAGAAAUUCCCGAUCCAACUGAGAAACGUCCACGACCCGGAACUCGUUAUCGUCCAUCCAAAAAGAAGGGACCAGCCCAAAAGCAGGAAGAAGAAAAGACUGAAGACGGACAGUCACAAAAUGAAAGUUCCAAGGACAAUACUCCUCAGCCAGAAGAUGAGAAAAAUCUAGAAGAAACCGUUAAGGAGUCCUGGGAUGCAAGUGCCAGUGAAGAGGAAGAUGAUGAUUCCCAAGAAAAAUCAUCCGAGGCAACACAGCAAGAAAAAGAUGCUGCCGACAAUGCUGCUAAAGAGAAAGACGAUGAAGAAACAGAUUCAGCUGAUGAAGACUCCUCCGACGACGACUCCGAAGGCGAUGACGAUGACGAUGAUGACAGUGACGAUGAUGAUAAACGAGCCUACGAUCCUAACGAUCCUAAAAUGAAACGCGAACGUGCAUUGGCUCGCCGUGAAAAACUUAGUGAGGAAGCACAGAAACGCCGAACCACUGACGAUCUAAGAGCUGCUGUUGUUUGUGUCCUGGGCCACGUAGAUACUGGAAAAACGAAAAUUCUUGAUAAAUUACGACGUACUCAUGUCCAAGAUUCCGAAGCUGGUGGAAUCACUCAGCAAAUUGGAGCCACAAAUGUGCCUAUUGAUGCUAUCAAGGAACAAGCAAAGGUCGUUAAAGGUGGCAGUGAUUUUGAACAUAAACUUCCAGGUCUGCUUAUCAUCGAUACACCCGGUCACGAGUCGUUCAGUAAUCUUCGUAAUCGUGGUUCUUCUCUUUGUGACAUAUCCAUUCUCGUCGUGGACAUUAUGCAUGGUUUGGAGCCCCAAACUAUUGAAUCUAUAAGUUUGCUCAAAAAGAAAAAGUGUCCAUUUAUUGUAGCUUUGAAUAAAAUUGAUCGUCUUUAUGAUUGGCAAGUUAUGCCACGUAAGGAUAUUCGUGAUGUUAUCAAAGGACAACAGGCCAAUACUCAGGUCGAAUUCCAACAACGAACCAAGGAAGUAAUUCUGCAAUUUGCCGAACAAGGUCUUAAUGCUGCUCUCUUCUAUGAGAAUCCAGAUCCACGUACAUAUGUUUCUCUGGUGCCAACAAGUGCCAUAACCGGUGAAGGAAUGGGUAAUCUACUUUUCCUAAUCGUUGAAUUCUGUCAGAAUAUGUUAGCCAAACGUUUGAUGUACAGUGAUGAGCUACAGGCAACUGUACUCGAAGUAAAGGCUAUUCCCGGUCUGGGAACAACUAUCGAUGCUAUUUUGAUCAAUGGCAAAUUGAGAGAAGGCCAAACCAUGAUCCUUGCUGGAACAGAUGGUCCCAUCACUACUCAAAUUCGUUCACUUCUCAUGCCACAACCAUUGAAAGAAUUGAGAGUUAAAAAUGCCUAUGUUGAAUACAAGGAAAUUAAAGCAGCUCAGGGAGUUAAAAUUGCAGCAAAAGAUCUAGAGAAGGCAAUUGCUGGUAUUAAUCUGUUGAUUGCCAAUAAACCAGAUGAGGUUGAAAUUUGUCGUGAGGAAGUUGCCAAGGAACUCAAAAAUGCAUUGAGUCACAUCAAACUUAGUACACCAGGUGUAUUUGUUCAGGCAUCAACAUUGGGAUCUUUAGAAGCUCUGCUGGAGUUCUUGAGGACAUCUAAAAUUCCGUACUUCGCCAUUCGAAUUGGUCCGGUUGUUAAACGUGAUGUUAUGAAGGCCUCUACAAUGUUAGAGCACGAAGCACAAUAUGCAACUAUUCUUGCAUUCGAUGUUAAAGUUGAACGUGAUGCUCAAGAAAUGGCUGAUUCAUUGGGCGUGAAAAUCUUCCAAGCCGAUAUUAUUUAUCAUUUGUUUGAUAAAUUUAUGGCAUAUCGUGAAGAACUUAAACAAAAGAAACGUGAAGAGUUCCGAUCGGUUGCCGUCUUCCCUUGUAAGCUUAAGAUACUGCCUCAAUUUAUUUUUAACAGUCGUGAUCCAAUCGUUAUGGGUGUAAUGGUUGAAAAUGGUAUCGUCAAAGAGGGUACUCCAAUUUGUGUGCCAAGCAAAGAGUUCGUUGACAUUGGUGUUGUAACAUCGAUAGAAUGCAAUCACAAACAAAUCGAAACUGCACGUAAAGGACAAGAAAUCUGCAUCAAAAUCGAACCGAUUCCCGGUGAAUCACCAAAAAUGUUUGGCAGGCAUUUUGACGCAGACGAUAUGUUGGUUAGCAAAGUUACCCGCCAAAGUAUUGAUGCAUGCAAGAACUAUUUCCGUGAUGACUUAAUUAAGGCUGAUUGGGCUCUGAUGGUUGAGCUAAAGAAGACGUUUGAAAUUUUGUAAAUAAAAAUAAAAAAAAAAAUUAGAAAAAUACAAUGAGAACAACAAAACAAGAUAAUGAAUUAAAUAAAAUGAAUAAUGUAACGAGAUUUAGCUGUAAGUGUGAUUUUUUUUUUCUAAGUCGAGGCCAACUUAAAAUUGUUUAAAAAAAAGAAGACGGACACUAUUUGAUAAAGAACACAAUUAUUUAGGUUUUAUUUUUGUUUAAAUUUACUAUUUAAGUUUGUAUUUUUGAAUGAUAAAAAUAACAACCUUUCAUAGCUAACUAUAAUAUCUAAAUAUAGUGUUAAAACUUAAUUUAUUAAAUUAUUUUUAACUACGUUUUGACUCGAUUUUAUUGUAUUUUAAGAAAACAAAAAAAAAAUGUAAAGCAAACAAAAAUAAAAUAAAAACUUACAAAGCUAUGACACUUAUUCAAAAAACACAUUUUAUAUCGAUUUAUCUUGAAUUAAAAAUAUUAAAUAACAAUGCAAACUUAAAAUUAAAAUUGAUUUUUUUGGAAAAGAAAAAUGUUGAAAAAAUAUGAAAAUAAGCUUGUUCUUUAACAAUUCAAUAUUUGAUUGAAAAAAUAAUUUUUAAUAAAAAAAUAUUUUUAAAAUAAUUGAAAUAAA